AUGAACUUUACUGGGAGGCCCACCAAGCGUCCCCUACGAUUGGCAACGGAGAAAUUGUCUCAGUCCUUGGUCAGGCAAGCUUAUCACGAAGCACUGCAAACCGAACUUCCGCUGUAUUGUCCUAAUUACACUGAGCUCCAGAGGAAUAGGAUCUCGGCCGCCAUGCAUGACGCAGGAUCAUCUGCUCGUGGCAGUGUCAAUCGUCACCGCACCAGUCACUGGAUAUCCGAGAGUGCGGAACGCGAAUCUCGGAUUAGGGAAGAGCAGGCAGGUUUCCGCCCAGGACGUGGCUGUAUAGACCAGGUGCUAGAGCAGCGCCACGCCCGCCGCAGACCGACAAUAGCUGUGUUCCUCAAUUUCAACAGUGCGUUCGAUUCAGUCGAUCGAUCGAUUCUGUUCGACAUACUUGCGCGGAAUGGUGUUCCCACGAAAUAUGUGAACAUCUUUCGUGCUCUAUACUCGAACACUACAAGCCGCGUCAGGGUCUACGGUGUCCUACCGGAUAGCUUUCCGACCACAAGUGGCGUUCGUCAAGGAUGUCCGAUUUCCCCGUUUUUGUUCAAUUUCGUCGUGGAUUCUAUCAUGGAGUGUUCCCUUGCGGAAUCACACGAUGUAAGCGUUGAAGUGUUUCCUGGGGAAAGGUUAGUUGAUCUAGAUUAUGCGGACGAUAUCGUCUUGCUUUUCGACGAUGCUGCAAUGGCACAAUCAACCCUGAAUAGCCUGUCCAGAGUGGUCCCAUUAUUUGGUAUGCACUUCGCACCUUCAAAGUGCAAAGUGUUGCUGCAUGACCAUCAGCCAUUUGAUGCCCCUUGA